UGCAGGGCAGUGCGUUUUGUACUGUGCCAGUCAUGUUGUGCAUACUGCAUACCGGUCUGUUCUUUGUUUGUUUUUGCGUUUGUACAGCGGAAUGGUAGCGAUUAUUGCUUAAUCAUGAGAAAGCUCCGACGAUUGUUAUAUAUGCAGCAUAAUCGCGUGAUAGAAUUUCACCGUUUGAAACGUGCGCGGGAGCGUGUUCGCGGCCCAACUCGCAGCUGAUCGACUUGAUUCGAAGUUUUAGGUAUCGGAUUUGUGGCUAAAGUUAGAGCUGCUGCUGCUUUCCACGUUAAAGUUGGAGCUGCUGCAAUUAUGAAUGGCACAGACGGGAUCCCCGAACUGCAUUUCAAUCGCGCAGAGGAAUUCCCACAACUGGACGAAAAUGUCUACCUGGAUCAUGCCGGAGCCACUUUGUUUGCCAAAAGCCAGAUGGAAGGCUGGAUGGCGGAGAUGUGCUCCCCGGGAAAUUUGCUGAGUAAUCCGCACAGUCGUCAUGCUGCGAGUUUGCAUACUUCAGCUCAGAUCGGCGUACUGCGUCGCAAAAUCUUGGCGCAUUUCAAGACGGAUGCCUCGAGUUAUUCCGUGAUAUUUACUAGUGGGGCUACCGCAUCCUUAAAACUUGUCGCGGAAAAUUUUGCUUUUGGGCAAAAUGGAAUUUUCGGUCAUCUGCGCGAAAUCCACACUUCCGUUCUCGGAAUGCGGGAAUUAGCGCAUUCACGAGGAGCGAACGUCACCUGCAUCACAGAUGAUAAUAUUGCCGCUCUUUGCGAAAUGCGGGAUAAUGCGAAGGAAGAUGGUGGAAAGCUUUUUGCAUAUCCUGGACAGUGCAAUUUCUCCGGUCGACGAUAUCCUCUAGAAUGGAUCGAACGUCUGCAGAAGAAUAACUGGAGAAUUCUUCUGGAUGCGGCUGCGCUAGUUUCUACCGGGAUUCUCGAUUUAUCUCGUUAUGAGCCAGAUUUCGUUGUUCUCUCCUUUUAUAAGAUAUUUGGAUAUCCUACGGGACUGGGAGCGUUACUGGUACAUAAAAAAGCUGAAUCUUCGUUAUUGAAGACGUACUUUGGUGGUGGAACGGUGGAUAUUGCGGUUAGCGAGGAACGAUUUCAUGUUUCGCGAUCGGAAAUUCAUCAGAGAUUUGAGGAUGGCACUAUCAAUUUCCUCGAUAUUCUUUCCCUUAAGCACGGCUUUGACGCUCUGGAAAAGCUUGGCGGUGGCAUGAUUUCCAUUUCGAGCUAUACUUUCUCUUUGACGAAAUACGCAUACAAAUGCCUAAACGAUUUACGGCAUUAUAGCGACAAACCUGUGUGCGAAAUUUACGUAAACGGUGAUUUCAAUGAUCAGGCGGUGCAAGGCCCGAUCGUGACGUUCAAUCUGAAAACGGCCAGCGGGGCGUAUGUUGGAUUUAUGGAAGUGGAAAAGGUUAUGGAAUCAUUUAAGAUCCAGCUGCGCACUGGAUGUUUUUGCAAUACCGGCGCAUGCCAGAAAUACUUGGGAUUGACAACAGCGGAUAUUAAAGCAAACUAUCAAGCAGGCCAUGUUUGCGGUGAUAGUGUGGAUCUCGUCAAUGGCCGUCCAACCGGCGCUGUCCGGAUAUCAUUCGGCUAUAUGUCAAAUGUGGAUGAUGUCAAUCGUUUUAUCCAAGUUAUCUAUGAUGUUUUUAAGGAAAAGAACACGCAGUUACGACCGGUUUUUAACGCAUUGGAUCAGCAGAAUCGAAGGAUAUCGGCAAUGUUUAUGUAUCCCAUUAAAUCGUGCAAAGCUGCCUCCAUUUCCAAAUGGCCGAUUGGCGAAGAGGGUUUUGUGCUGGACCGGAAGUUCUACAUUCAGAACUCCAGCGGCACAUGCAUGACGUUGAAGCACAAUUCCAGACUCGCACAAAUAUCGGCUCAUAUUGAUCUGGACGAUGGAAAAAUUAUCUUAUCGGCUCCGGGGAUCGAUGAUUUGGAUUUGACUGCCAAAUUAACCAAUGGAAACCGUGAGAAAUUUUGGAAUUUUCAGUUGCCGAAUGGACAUCAUGAUAACGGAAUCGUGGAUGGACGCGUGUGCGGUCAAAAAGUUCAAGCUUAUGACUGCGGUCCAGAUGUCUCGCCAUGGUUGUCCUCUGUUUUAUGCGACGACACUUACAAACUGAUGCGUUAUCACGCCAGGAAUGGGUCGGUAUCGAGUUCCCACUCGGCAGCAAAUAGCGCACCCUUCCUGGUUGUCUGCACCGCCAGUCUCGACCAUUUGUUUAGACUGAUUCCAAUGCCGCACGAAUUUAGCCGCGAUGAUCUGCUAGAACGGAUGCGUGCGAAUUUGGUUAUACAGACCACCGAGCCGUUUGAGGAGGAUGAAUGGAGGCGGAUACGCAUGGGAAAUGUCGAGAUGGAGGUGGUGGAGAAGUGCUCACGCUGUCAAAUGGUCAGUGUGGAUCCAGUCAGUGGAAAACGAACGCCGGAACCGCUGCAGAGCUUAAUUAAACUGAGAGGAAAAGAGAUGUGUUUUGGUAUUCUUGUCCGUCCGGUUGGAGUGCAUCAAGCCGAUGUGUCACAAUGGAGAGAUUCCCCAUUUCUAUCCGUCAACGAUACCGUCAGUGUGAUAGCUUAAUAAUUUCCGCUGUGCUGUGAUCAGAGUUGUCAUUGGCAGUCGUUUUGCUGGGCGCAGCUUGACAGUUUUUAAUUUUAAAAAAGUUUGAUGUUCAACUUAUCGCAGUCCGGUGACAUCCCGUGUGAUACUGGAUUUUCUCUUGUAAAUUAUGUAGUCUGUAUUCCACGUGUUAAUGCCUCAAGAAUAACAUACAACUUUAUCGUAAUUAUUAUUAUCACUUUUCCCAUAAUUACCAAAACUAGAAACCAUGUACGCUUUGCAGUAAAUGUCCCAGUCAGUUCCAGACAGAUGUUACUUAACAUAAGUAAACCACCAUGCCGCAAUUCAAUCUCCAAAAAUUGCAAACAACGUUUAAAAUAGCGUAGCCGGAAUCUGUUAUAACAAGAUUUUUAUCUGUGUAGUACGACAAUGUUAUGGUAUCCAUCAGGAUCCAAAAGUGAAAGAACAUGUCAACAAGUCUACAAUUUCAUUCCCAGUUUUCUUCCUCAGCCAUUUCCGCAUCCCCCUCCGUCGGCUGCUCUCCAUCCUUCGCUUCCGUGGUCUGUUCUCCGUUCAUCUCCUGAUCCACCAGUUCGGGUGAAUCCUUUGCCGGUUCUUCCUGCCUUUCCUCCGUCUGUGGUACUUCCGCUUCUGCACUGGUAGCUACGUCCUCUUCAGAUGUUUCCGUCUUCACAGCUGUCUCGGUCUCAUGACUUUCAUCGCCUUCCUUCGGUUGCUCGGUUUCAGCAUUCGUUGCUGUCGUCUCUUCUGGGUUUUGGUUGGGCUGAUGGAUUUUACGAAUUUUCUGUCGCAGAUCCGUAAUGGGCUCACCCUUGUCGUCCAGUUCAACUUCCUGC